UACCACUUGUUCCUCUCUUAUUCCGCCAUCUUUUACUUUCUUUAUUUUCUCUCUCCUCCUUAUUCUCCCCUUUAUUUAUCCUCUCUAAUUCGGAUCAUUAUUACCAUUACAAUAAUAUUUUUCAUCUCUUUCAAAAACAGUUUUUUCCAGAUUCUGCUAAAUUCAGUCAGAUCAAAUUCAAAUGGCGCCUAAGCUAACCAAAAUUCCUAGCAUGCGUGAGAGAGUUCAAGAUACUCUCUCUGUUCAUCGUAACGAACUUGUUUCUCUUCUCUCAAGGUAUGUGGCACAAGGAAAAUGUUUGUUACAACCCCAUCAUUUGAUUGAUGCAAUGGAACAAAUAAUUGGUGAAGAUAAAGGAAAGCAAAUUCUUAGAGAUGGUCCUUUUAGCGAAGUUCUUAGGUCUGCCCAGGAAGCAAUAGUUGUUCCUCCCUUUGUUGCUAUAGCACUCCGUCCAAGACCUGGAGUUUGGGAAUAUGUUCGUGUUAAUGUCUAUGAACUUAACGUGGAGCAGUUAACUGUAUCUGAGUAUCUCCAUUUCAAGGAAGAACUUGAGGAUAGAAAGGCUGAUGACCACUAUACGCUUGAGCUUGAUUUUGAGCCUUUCAAUGAGUCGGUUCCACGUCCAACACGUUCUUCAUCAAUUGGUAAUGGUGUUCAGUUCCUCAACAGACACCUAUCAUCCAUUAUGUUUCGCAAUAAAGACUGCUUGGAGCCGUUACUUAAUUUCCUUCGAGUUCACAAACACAAAGGAGUUGUCAUGAUGUUAAAUGAUCGGAUACAAACUAUUUCUCGUCUUCAGUCUGCAUUGUCUAAAGCUGAGGAUCAUCUAACCAAGCUUCCACCAGAUACACCUUACUCUGAGUUUGAAUUUGAACUCCAAGGUAUGGGAUUUGAGAGAGGUUGGGGAGACACUGCAGAAAGAGUUUUAGAGAUGAUGCAUUUACUACUAGACAUCCUUCAGGCUCCUGAUCCCUCCACAUUAGAGACAUUUCUUGGAAGAGUUCCCAUGGUGUUCAAUGUGGUUAUUCUGUCUGUACAUGGAUACUUUGGCCAGGCACAUGUACUGGGCUUGCCUGACACUGGUGGGCAGAUUGUUUAUAUUCUUGAUCAAGUGCGAGCAUUGGAACAUGAAAUGCUCCAACGAAUAAAGAAGCAAGGACUGGAUGUGACUCCAAGAAUUCUUAUUGUGACUCGGUUGAUUCCUGAUGCUAAAGGGACCACAUGCAACCAGCGUUUGGAAAAAGUCAGUGGAACGGAGUACGCCAGUAUCUUGAGGGUUCCUUUCAGAUCAGAUAAAGGAAUCCUUCAUAAAUGGAUAUCUAGAUUUGAUGUCUGGCCUUAUCUAGAAAAUUUUACUGAGGAUGCAGCUGGAGAAAUUAUUGGCGAGUUACAGGGUCGUCCAGAUUUGAUAAUUGGAAACUACAGUGAUGGGAAUAUUGUUGCUUCUUUAUUGUCCUACAAGAUGGGUGUCACCCAGUGUAAUAUAGCCCAUGCAUUGGAGAAGACCAAAUAUCCAGAUUCUGAUAUUUAUUGGAAAAAUUUUGAAGAGAAAUACCAUUUCUCUUGCCAGUUCACAGCUGACUUAAUGGCAAUGAAUCAUGCUGAUUUUAUCAUUACAAGCACGUACCAAGAGAUAGCUGGAACGAAAAAUACUGUCGGCCAAUAUGAGAGCCACAAGGCCUUCACUUUGCCUGGGUUGUAUCGGGUGGUUCAUGGGAUUGAUGUCUUUGACCCCAAGUUUAAUAUUGUCUCACCAGGGGCCGACAUGACUAUCUAUUUCCCAUUCUCAGAGAAGGAGAACCGGCUAACUGCACUUCAUAGCUUCAUAGAGGAUCUCUUAUUUAAUCCUGAACAGAACGAUGAACAUAUUGGUAUUCUUGAUGAUACCUCAAAGCCUAUGAUAUUUUCCAUGGCGAGGCUAGACCGUGUGAAGAACAUAACAGGACUGGUAGAGUGCUACGCAAAGAAUGCUAAACUCAGGGAACUUGCAAACUUGGUUGUGGUUGCUGGCUACAAUGAUGUAAAAAAGUCGAAUGACAGGGAAGAGAUUGCUGAAAUUGAAAAAAUGCACAAUCUUAUCAAGGAGUACAAAUUGAAUGGCCAGUUCCGUUGGAUAGCUUCUCAAACUAAUAGAGUAAGAAAUGGUGAACUUUAUCGCUACAUCUGUGACAAAGGAGGUAUUUUUGUGCAGCCUGCAUUUUAUGAAGCAUUUGGGCUUACAGUUGUUGAAGCAAUGACUUGUGGUCUACCAACAUUUGCUACAUGCCAUGGUGGUCCUUCUGAGAUUAUAGAAGAUGGUGUAUCAGGGUUUCAUAUUGAUCCAUAUCAUCCUGAUCUGGCCGCGCAGAAGAUGGCUGAAUUUUUUGUAAAAUGCAGUGAGGAUCCUAGCUACUGGAAUAAAAUAUCUGAUGCUGGGUUGCAAAGGAUCAAAGAAAGGUAUACCUGGCAAAAGUAUUCUGAAAGGUUAAUGACCCUAGCAGGGGUAUAUGGAUUUUGGAAAUAUGUCUCCAAACUGGAGAGAAGAGAGACUCGACGUUAUCUUGAGAUGUUCUACAUUUUGAAGUUCCGUGAUCUGGCUAAGUCUGUUCCCCUGGCAGUAGAUGACGAGCCUUCUUCCACAGAAGCAGUUGCAACAUUUCGUGGACCUUGAAAGCUGUUGCUUACUCUGAUGUAUAAUUAUGUUUACAUCCUCAGGGAACGAAUAAGUGUUGCCUAUACUAGGUUUCACCUGUAAGUAACGUAUGUUUUUUUAUGCAAAUAAAGAGUUCAUCAACAAUGUAAUUUUGUUGUUGAUUUGUGUUCUCGUGGAAAUCAGGAUCACUUUAUUCAUUUUUAGCCUGCAUGACGCAGAAUGUAUCAUUAUGAUAACAUGUUUAAGUGUUUGAAGUAUCAGUGUAUUGUAAAUAAACGAAUUUGAAUGUGAGUAUCCAGCGCUCAUUAAAGAGUGGGAUACGAAAUCGUUGUAAAUAUUGUAAUUUUAAAGUGCCAAUGAGCAUAGUUUGAUCCUAAAUAGAAAUCGUUGUUGUCCUUGAUAGA